GUCUGUGUUUUUGAACUAAUGUUUUUGAAAUGAAAUUAACUUUUUAUUGUUUACUUUUAGUAAUUUCUUUAUUGGAAAGGACAAACUCAAAUUUUGUUUGUCCUAUUGGUUCGGAUGAAAAACCAAUUAAUGGCGUAUUUAGACAUCCUACAAUUUGUAGUGUUUACUAUCAUUGUUACAAUGGUGUAGCUUAUGGUCAACAAUGUCCUCCUGGUCUACAUUUUAAGAUUGUUAUUACUGAAUGUCAAUAUUUUGCUUGUGUACAACCAAGUGAAUCGAAAUGUUCUUUGAAAAAGAACCAAUUGAACAAAAUCAAUAUUUUGAAAAAUUCCUCCCUAAAAACCAUACUUAAUGGGAAAGCAGUUGGUGCAAAAGUUGGCGAAUGCCAUCCAAAUUUGAACAGUACUGUCCCUAGUUCUACUGAGCCUAGUUUUUACUACAACUGCUUGAAUGGUUAUGGUUGGGUACAACAAUGUCCUCCUCUCACAAAAUUCAAUCCAAUUUAUGACUUUGAAAAGUGUUCGAAUGAAAUGUGCAGGUCGUCUGAUGGUGGAUCGCAACCUAUUGAUGGUGGAUGGAAUAAUUGGUCAGAUUGGAGCGAGUGUAGUCAGUUGUGUGGAGUUGGGAAUAGAACAAGAACACGAAUGUGUAAUAAUCCUCCUCCAUCGAAUGGUGGAAAAGACUGUAAAGGUCAAUCAAUACAAACGGAAUUAUGCUCAUCCAAUCCUUGUCCAGUGGCAGGAAAUCCUGCUUUUAUGGUAUCAUUAAAGGAAACUACAACACUCAAUGAGGGCUAUUUUAAUUGGACAGUGGUAAAUUUGAAUUCUGGGGGAAUGUUUGACCCAAAUACAAACAGAAUAACAAUAAAUAAACCUGGAUUUUAUUUCUUUUCAAUGAUUAUAACUUCAUCAAAACUGAAACCAAUAGACGUGAGAAUAAGAAAUUCUGGACUUUCAUUGGGAAUUUUACGUAAAGCAUUACCAUCAUAUGGUCCAGAAACAUUUUCAAGGAAUGGAAUUUUUGAAUUGGCUAAUGCUGCUCAACCAGUUCUAUCAACUGGAAUUACAACAGAUGUUUACAGUAGUGAAGAAGGUAAAGAAACAUCUUUCCUUGGUUUCCACUAUGAUACAAGUAAUUAUUUAUAUUGUACUAGUCGUACAAGAAUUAAUAAGCCAAAAAUACCAUGGCCCAUUAUAUCGGCAAUGAAAGGAUUCACUGAAAAGAGUGAUCUAACUGAAUUUAGAGCAUCGAAUGGUGGAUGGUAUUUGGUUUCUAUGGGUAUGAAAGCGGGUUUUAGCGGUACUGGUCUAGUUGAUUCGACAAAAUUAAUUCUUGAAAUUUCAAAAAACAAUGUUGUACAACAAACGCACAAAUUUCUAGAGAUAAAUAUUAGAAGGCAACAAGUAACUGAUCAAUUUUCAAGGAGUUCCCUUAUUCACGUCAAUACUGGAGAUGUUUUUAUAUCAAGAACUGGUACUAGAAACAAAACACCUGUGUCUAGCUCACACUAUGAAACCUAUCUAAGUGCUUUUAGACUAAAUACUAGUUUGCCUCGUUUUAUGGCUUCGGGUAAACUACAAACUUGUGACGAAUUUAUAAAUAUACGUUUCCCAGAGAUAAACGUUGAUUCAACAGAUUCGUGGGAUAUAACAAGGAAUCAAUAUUUGGUUAAAAAAUCUGGCAUGUACUAUAUUGAAUUUUCUUUUGUACCAAGACCAAGAGAAACUUUAGAUAUAAGAAUGUAUCUAAAUGGAAAAAUGAUUGCUAUAACAAAAAAACAGGCUAGACAUGACAGAGGUUACGUAAUAACAAGAUCUAUUUUAUUAAGUCUAGAGGAAGGUGACAUUUUGUAUUGGAGAAAUUAUGGUUGUCUUUACAACUCUUACAAUUUCUCUUCAGUAAUAGUCAUAUCUACAUCUCUGAGCCAAUGAAAAUUCAGAAUGACAACUUUUUCACUUAUGAUUGAUUGAUUGAUUGAAAUAUCUUUAAAAUAUACUUUUUAUAUCUUUGUCACUUUCAGCAUAGAUCAGAAUUUUUAUAUUUUUUUUUUAUUCUUUGACUAUUCGGUUUGUCAUAGAAUUUUACAAAUAUUCUUGAAUGUAGUCCUACCCUUAACAUAUCCCAAAAUCUGACCAUUUGUUGACAUUUCCCAUUCAGAUAUUCUUACUGUAGUGAAAUAAAUUUUGGAUGGGGAAAUUGUACAGAUUUUUCUCCUCAAAUCCUAACCUUGACCCUAUGUUUCUUACCCAACAUUUUGCAGUUUGACUUGAUCCUUUGGAAAAAUAGUCUUCUUACAUUUAAAUAGUUGUAUUAAUGAGGAUUUUAGUAUUGAAUUAGUGAGAAUUUAUAUAAUUGGAUCCAAAAUUGUAUGUAGAAUCAUUGUUGACCUGUAAUAUGCUGCAAUUUUGAGUAGAUUGAAAUCAAAAUGUAACAAAAAACAUGGCUCCACAAGUUGAUAAAAAUAUCCAUAUCAUAACCAUAAAUGAUAAUUGGCUUAGAGUUACUGUUGAAGAUUUUGAAAUUGUUUUUAUCCUAUUUGUUUGAAUUUCAAUAUCAUUUGCAUGUUUUGUUGCAAUAAUUAUGAUAUUUACAUGUAAAAUUAAUGCUCCAAUUAGAUGAAUAGAAAAAAAGUAAGAUAAAUAAAGUAAUUUAGAUAUUUAAACCUAUAAUGACCUUGACAUAUGACUGUAUCACAUUCUUUAUUGGCAUAUAUAUGAUGGAAAAUAGCAUUCAAUAAAUGAGAUAAUGAUAGUGACAAUGAUAAUAAGAAAUGAU